AUGAAGUUACCGAGCAUUACAAACUACAGCAACGCCCUACCGUUGGAUGGUAUCACAGUCGUCUCUUUGGAGCAAGCCAUCGCAGCCCCCUUUUGCACUCGGCAGUUGGCCGACAUGGGCGCUAGAGUCAUCAAAGUUGAGCGUCCCGAAGUGGGCGACUUUGCUAGGGCGUACGACUCGCGAGUCAAUGGCAUGGCAUCGCAUUUUGUGUGGACCAAUCGUUCCAAGGAAAGUCUCGCGCUCGAUCUCAAACGUCCACGAGACUUGAGCAUCCUGAAAAAGAUUCUCCUUCGCGCCGACGUCAUGGUACAGAAUCUGGCGCCGGGUGCGGCGGAAAGGCUUGGGCUCUCACACGAUGAACUUGGAAAAACAAACUCGGGCAUCAUCGUAUGCGACAUCUCAGGCUACGGAUCGCACGGGCCUUACCGUGACAAGAAAGCAUAUGAUUUGCUCGUCCAGAGUGAAUCGGGAAUGCUUGACGUAACAGGCGGCAAAACCGAACCGGCCAAGACAGGAAUAUCUAUAGCAGAUAUCGCGGCCGGAAUGUAUGCCUAUUCAAACAUACUGGCAGCACUUCUGGAACGCGAAAAGACCGGAAGAGGCCGCCGUAUUGAUAUCUCCAUGCUAGAAAGUAUGGUUGAAUGGAUGGGCUUCCCCAUGUAUUACGCCUUUGAUGGGCAGCCGGGGCCGGCUCGGGCAGGCGCAUCUCAUGCGACGAUAUAUCCGUAUGGACCCUUUGAGACGGGAGACGGAGCUUCUGUAAUGAUGGGCGUGCAGAAUGAGCGAGAAUGGACUAUUUUGUGUCGUGAUGUAUUAGGUGAUGCAGCUUUGGCAGCGGACGAGCGUUUUGCAACUAAUAUCCUGAGAAGUACUAACCGGGUAGAACUGAAGAAGAUUAUAUGUGCCUGCUUCUCUGAUCUCACAGCAGAUGAGGUUAUUGAGAAGCUGGACAAAGCGGGCAUUGCAAACGCCAGUGUCAAUGAUAUGCAAGGGGUGUGGAAUCACCCACAGUUGCGGGCGAGGGAGCGUUGGGUUGAGGUAAAGACGCCGAGUGGAAUCGUUUCUGGAUUACUACCACCUGGAGUUGACGAUGCGUCACGGGCCAAUAUUGGAGAAGUUCCAAGUGUAGGGCAACAUAAUAAGUCUAUAAUGGCGGAAUUUGGUAUACAGGAAGAAGAGUAG